AUGAUUCGUCCCAAGAGAUUAUUGGAACCUGCUGGUUUUCUAUCUGCUCUUGGGGAAUUUCCUGUCUCUCGAGUAAAUGAUUCAGUCGAAGCCCUGGUCAAUUUAUGGAAUAAUGCAAUGACCAGAGCAGUGGAUUCUAUCGCUCCCAAGCACCCCCUUGUGUGUUUCCGAACCAGAUCAGCUCCAUGGUUUUCCAAUGAUCUGAUGAUUAUGAAGCACACUCGUAGAGGUUUAGAACGACGCUGGCGGAAAACUCGGAGCUUAGCUGAUAGACUUUAUGUUAAGGAAUUUUCUAAGACCUAUGCUACAGCUAGGCAUACUGCACAACGAACUUUUUUCUCGGUCUCUAUUUCUUCUGCUGACAACCAGCCAGCGGAACUUUAUCGGGUGGUCAAAGGUCUGCUUAACCCUGAUCAUACUGAGCCCUCUGUCGGCCAUUCACCUAUUCGCUGUCAAGAAUUUGCCCGGCACUUUGAGAACAAAGUCGCUCAGAUUCGUUCCGCCUUGGAUGCUAAUAUUGUUGCAGUCUCUAGGGGUGUACCUUUGGAUUCUGUUUGUCUUAUUAAAUUGGAUUCUUUUCAGCUUGUUCAUCUUGAGGAUAUAGAUAAGCUCCUUGGUGAGAUGAGAUCUACCACCUGUCUGCUUGAUCCUUGUCCUUCUUGGAUCAUAAAGCAGGCCAGAGGGGGACUAACUAAUUGGAUCUGUUACGUUCCAAAGAUGUACCAGCAUAUCCUGGCCUUGGCAUUUGCUAUAAAGGAGACCAACGAGAAUCCCAAACUCUUACAGAACAUCACUCUGGGCUUCCAUAUUCUCAACAACUACUACAUUGCAAAGAUGACUUAUAAGGCUACCUUGAACCUGCUUUGCAGACAGAAUAGGCAUGUCCCAAAUUUCGUCUGUGAUGCUCAGAAAAAACUAGUUGCUUGUAUUGGAGGACUUAUGACUGAGACUUCUGCCAUUAUGGCCAACAUUUUUGCUGUCUACAAGGUUCCACAGAUGGUCCCUGAUGAAGCCUAUCAGUACAUUGGAAUUGUCCGGUUACUUCAGCAUUUUGGAUGGACAUGGAUUGGGCUCUUGGCUGUGGAUGAUGACUAUGGGGACAGGUUUCUACAGGCCAUGGUGCCUUUGCUUACCCAGAACAGCAUCUGUUAUGCAUUCAUUUUUAGACUACCAAAACGGUCUUAUUUGGAUGAUUUUACAGACUUCAUAGUAGAACAGGUGAAUAAUUAUCUAGUUCUCAUGGAAAGAAAAGCCAAUGUAUGUUUUGUAUAUGGAGAAUUUCCAUCCUGGCAGGAUUUACGAAUGAUGCUGCUUUGUGCACCAUUUUUGUCAUUACCACCUCUGGCUAAAGUGUGGAUUGUUACAUCCCAUUGGGAUUUUGAAUCAUUGUCUGUUCAAAGGAUGUGGGACAUCCAGCAUUUCCAUGGUGCUAUAUCCGUCACAGUUCACUCGAAUCAGCCACUGGGAUUCCAACAAUUUGUUCACAAUAUAAAGCCUUUCUGGGCAAAAGAAGAUCAUUUUAUUCAGAAUUUCUGGGAGCAAGCGUUCAGCUGUUCUUUCAAAAUUUUCAAUAUGAAUAUGGAGACCAGUAAAUUCUGCACUGGUGAGGAGAAGUUGGAGAGUCUUCCUCACACUUUUUUUGAAAUGAAUAUGAUUGGGCAUAGCUACAAUAUCUACAAUGCUGUUUAUGCUGUAGCACAUGCACUGCAUGCCAUCUAUGUAUCCAGCUCCAAACACAAAAGAUUGCUAGAAGGAGGGGAAGUGGGAUUACAGAUUGUGCAGCCAUGGCUGCUCCAUCACUUCCUAAAGUGCAUCUUCUUCAACAACAGUGCUGGAGACACUGUGAGUUUUGAUGAAAAUGGACAAUUAUUAGCAGAUUUUGAUGUUACAAACUGGGUAACUUUCCCAAACAACUCUUUUGUUAGAGUAAAAGUUGGAAGACUGGAACCUCAUGCUCCUCUAGGCAAAGAGCUGACUCUUCAUGAUAAUCACAUUUUGUGGCACAGAAGCUUUAAUCAGAUCCAGCCCCUUUCUGUUUGCAAUGACAACUGCUAUCCUGGCUACAGCAGAAAAAAGAAGGAAGGAGAGAGAUUUUGCUGCUACGAUUGUGUUUCAUGUCCAGAAGGAAUGAUCUCUGACAAGAAGGACAUGGAUGCCUGUAGUAAUUGCCCAGAAGAUCAGUAUCCCAACAAGGACCAAAAUCAGUGCAUUCCCAAGAUUUUAUCCUACCUCUCUUUUAAUGAACUUUUAGGAAUCAUCUUUACUACAUCAGCAAUUUCUUUCUCUUUGAUUACAGUAUUAGUGAUUGGAGUAUUUAAGAAGUACCAGGACACUCCCAUAGUGAAAGCCAACAACAGGACCCUCACCUACAUCCUCCUCGUCUCCCUCCUUCUAUGUUUUCUCUGUUCCUUGCUCUUCAUUGGACAACCUGGAAAGGUGACCUGCCUCCUCCGACAAAUGGGUUUUGGCCUUGUCUUCUCUAUGGCUCUCUCCUCUGUGUUGGCCAAAACUAUCACUGUGGUUAUGGCCUUCAUGGUAACCAAACCAGGAUCCAGGAUGAGGAAAUGGGUGGGGAAAAGAAUGGCAUAUUCUAUUGUCCUUUCUGGCUCAUUCUUUCAAGUAGGCAUUUGUACAGUUUGGCUGAUUACUUCUCCUCCAUUUCCAGAUACAGACAUGCACUCAAUGAAUGAGGAAAUCCUAUUUGAAUGUAAUGAGGGUUCACCCACCAUGUUUUACUGUGUCUUGGGUUAUUUGAGCUUCCUGGCAACUGUCAGCUUCACUAUGGCUUUCCUAGCCAGGAAGUUACCUGACAGUUUCAAUGAAGCCAAAUUCAUCACUUUCAGCAUGCUGAUCUUUUGUAGUGUUUGGGUGUCUUUUGUUCCAGCAUACCAGAGCACAAAAGGAAAAUACAUGGUAGCUGUGGAGAUCUUCUCCAUCUUGUCCUCCAGUGCUGGAUUACUGGGUUCUAUUUUCUCCCCUAAAUGCUACAUCAUUCUUCUGAGGCCUGAGCUGAACAACAAGGAACAUUUAAGAAGAAGAGGAAAGUAA